AUGGCUACAACAUUACCACCAGUCGCAACAACUCAAUCUCCUUUCAAUCCUUCUAUAAGUCAUCCAACUCAAAUAAUAAUUAGUGAAAAUCUUAAACAAGCUGCUCUCGAUCAUAUUGCCUAUUUAAAAGAAUUCUAUGAUCAUCCGGAAUAUCUUAAAAAACAAUCACGUGAAUAUGCUGUCUAUCGUUAUGAAACAUUUUGGUUACCAUUUUUAGCUGAAACUAUGGAAUCAGAUGUUAUUCCACCACUUGAUAUCCUGUUUGUCUGGCAUUCACAUAUGUUAGCACCAACAGCAUAUGCAAGUGAUUGUGAACGUUUAUUUGGACGUAUUUUAUCAAAUCGUGUACGUCCACGUACACCACAACUUUUACAAUUUAGUGAACAAUUAUGGAUGAAAAAAUAUAAUCGUACAAUGCCAUAUGAAUUAGAUUAUUCAAGUAAUAUUCAAGUUAUACCACCAUAUACGAGUAAAAUAAAAUAUGCUUUAAGUCAAGCUGUUGAAAGACAAGCAGAUUUUUAUUAUAAUGUUGCACUUGGCCAUUAUAAAGAUUCCGAAUUUCUUGAUGAAGCGGUAAAACGUUAUAAAAAAUUUAUCUAUUUAAAACGUCUUAAUCCACAAUUAUAUGUUGUACCAAUGUAUGAUAUUGAUAUUAUUUGGCAUACACAUCAAUUAUUUCCUGAAGCUUAUCGUCGUGAUAUGAUUGCAAAUCUUCAACAUGUUCUUCAUCAUGAUGAUACUGUACAAGAUCGUACAUCGAAUUCAAAAUUAUCGACAUCAGAUCAUGAAACUCGUCAUAAAUGGUUUGAAUUGUAUGGUGAUCGUUUACCAAAAAAUGGCUGUAUGUAUCGGGGAAAGACAUCAAAAGAUUUUUAUCAAUUUGUUACGGAUUUUAAUUUUCUCCUUGAAUGUCAACGAUAUACAAUGUAUGUACAAUUUCUUGAUAAUAAGUCUGCAGCAACAGGUGUUACAAGAAAAGACAAUGAUAAUAGAGUUAGUACAAUUGUAUCUCUUCAUGAUCAUUCAGUAGUUGGUGAACCAUUACCGGAUCAAAUUUUCGCACAAAUUAAUUCAUCUGAACAAGAACUUUUUGCUCGAGGUUCAUCAGGAUAUAUUGAAGCACAUUUUGAAGCUGAUUACACUGAUUUAACAGCACAACUUUCACUUAAAAUUCAACAAAAAGCUGGUUAUUGGCCAAUGAAUUAUUUUAGUACAUUAGAAGAAUUUGAAAUACCAGCUGACAAACUUCUUCCUAUUACUCAAUUCAAUCAACCUGUUAAAGCAAACAAUAAUGCAGGAGGUGAAGAGGAAUCAGGUGGACUUUAUUUUCUAUUCAAUAAACCUAUUGAUCAAUAUUCUGUUCUUCGACAAAUGGUACCAACUGCGAAAAGAUUGACAAUUGGUAUUUCAGCUAUGGACAUAAAUACUGUAAUUGUUCGAUAUGAUGCAUCUCAAUAUGAAGAAGCGACACUUGAUACUAAUUAUUUAACACAAUUGGGCACCUCAUUUCUAUUCAAUCUUGAAAAUGUUACAGUUAGACAGGCAUUACAUAGUAUUCUACCAGUACAUCAAGAUCAACCGACUUUACUCAAUAUUCGUCAUACAAUUCUCAAUGAGAUCGAUAUAUUUACAGCAACAUUUAAUAGUGCUAUAUUCGCAUCAUGUCAUUCACUUAAUUGGUCGCAGUUACCAUUACCUAAUCAAGUUUCUCCUAAUCAUGAUAAUUCUAUAAUAACAUUUGAACCUGAAAAAGAAGAAGCACUUAUUAUUAAAGAUCAUAGUGGUGAUUGGGGUAUUGUUAAAUUUAGUAAAGAUCUUUUUACAGCGUCAUUAGACGAUAAUGUAACAGAUAAAAAUCAUCAAUUUAGUUUAUAUCGUUUUAUGCCUGAUGGUCAAGUCGAAGAGGAAAUUAUUUAUGUUGAUUGGGAAGAUGAUAAAUGGCUUAUUGGUUCGAAUAAUUUUGGUAUUGAAAUGAAUACAUGGUCAAUAUCAGUUAAACGAAUAGCAAUAAAAAAUUCUAUGCAAUAUAUUUGCUUAGGUGCAGCAUUAAUAUCACGUUUUGAUACAUUAUUUACACAAAUAUUUGGUAGAAAUGAUGAUGAAACACAUUUAACAACAGCAACAAAUGGAAAUUAUAAUGAUAAUGAUUUAUUAGCGAAUGAUAUUGGAAAGAUAAAUUUGAAUGGAUCUACUGGUAUUAAUAAUACUAGAAAUACGUUAUCAAAUAAAACACCACAAAUGGCUAUGAAUAAUGUUUAA